GGCUUCCCGGGCUCCGGCCGGGUCAAAGGGCGCAGAGCCAGCAGAGGGCGCGAGAUGCGCGCCGCGUUUCCUCCGCGGGGACGGGCCAAGUUUGAAAGAGUUCCCCGCCGGAGCUGGGCGUGCUGCGGCGAUGGCGGCCGGGCGAAGGCAGCAGGUCCCAGAUCCAGCAGGGAGCCAACAGAAACUGGAAUCUGAAAAGGAAUCGGUCUGCCGGGCCAUUCAGAAAGAGCUGAAAAUCAAGGAAGGGGCUGAGAAUUUGCGGAGGGCGACCAAGGACAAGAAGAAUUUGGCCCACGUGGAGACAGCGCUGAAGUCCUCCAGCCUGAAGUUGGAGCAGUUGCAUUGCCAGCUCCAAACACUCCAAGCACGGAUUGUUACAGGGGAGAGAAACAGUGGCCAAGCAGAUGGAAAAGGGCCACCCGAUCUCAAGCUUUGGGGAAAAGAUCCAAACCACGUUUCAAAAAGGCUGGAAGCGUUGAAGAAGCAGCUUCACAUAGAGCUGAAAGUGAAGCAGGGAGCUGAGAACAUGAUCCAGGUCUAUUCCAGCACAGCCAAGGAGCGGAAACUCCUGGCAGCUGCUCAGCAAACUUUUCAGGACAGCAAGACAACAAUCGAGCUGAUCCGGAUGGAGAUGCUGAAGCUCUCCCAGGCGACGGGCGCACCAGGGGUGGGAGGCAGGGCCCCCCUCUUACUUCUGGAGCUGCGUCUUGAAGAACUGAGGCAUCGCCUGCGCAUUGAAGCGGCGGUGGCCGAGGGAGCCAAAAACGUGGUGAAGAUCCUCAGCGGACGGCGGGUGCAAGACCGGAAGAUGGUGGCAGAGGCACAGGCCUGUCUGCAGGAAUCGUCCCAAAAGAUUGAUCUGUUCCGACUGGCUCUUGAACAUCUUCUGAGCCAACUUUCUCCAGAUCACCCGAAACGGGGGCUGAUCAAGCAAGAGCUGACAGACACCUUCUCCCUCGGGGUCCAACAGUUGUCCCCGACUCUGAUCAAGCCCUCGGCUCUCACAGGUGGCCUUCUAGUCCGUUUGGUGGGCUGUGAAGACCUCUUGGAGAAGAUGCCAGGCCGUUCCCGUAUGGCCACUUCCGCGCCUGUUUACACGAGCUCUGGUGACUUCAGGCUUUUGACCCGGACAUGGGCUGGCAUCAACUUCCCCGGCCGGGGGCCUGCGGGGAAGCUCCUUUGCCAGGAGGAACUCAGCCGAGACGUCCUUGCUGUUCUCAAGGUCGACAACAAAGUUGUGGGUCAGACAAACUGGGGGCCGGUUGGUCGGCAAGCGUGGAACCAGACUUUUGCUGUUGAGUUGGAGCGAUCUCGGGAGCUGGAGGUCUCCGUUUAUUGGCACGACUGGCGCCAGCUCUGCGGGGUGACAUUUGUGCGUCUGGACAGCUUCCUCGACAACGCCAGCCACAACCUGGCUGUUCCUCUGGAACCCCGGGGGAGGCUCUUCGUAGAGGUGACGUUCAGCCAGCCGGUCGUUGAGACCCACGCCAAGCUGCAACGCCAGAAGCGCAUUUUCCCUAAACAGAAAGGAAAAGAGUUCCUCCGAGCUUCUCAGAUGAACGUCAACAUUGCCACCUGGGGACGCCUGAUGAUGAGCCUCCUGCCCCCUUGCAGUUCCCUCAGCGCUUCCAGCCCCCCUUUCCGGGGGUCUCUGCAUCCAGAUGUUGGCUCUGCAGCUGCCGCUGAGGACAGCUCCGGGCCCUGCGCACCCAGAUGCAGCCCUUCCCCUCCGGAAAAGCUGACCCAGGGAGGUCAGCCGCCCCCCAAGCCCCCUCGCCUCUUUCUGCCUCUCUCGCACAAGGAACCCGUCACGCCUCCCACGGAUCUGGGGAAGACUCCCCUCCUCCAUGGAAAAACAGGCAACUUGCAACAAACCGUCAUCAGGGGGAUGGCCCUGCAGCUGGAAGACUUCUGCUGUAUGGCGGUGCUUGGCAGGGGCCACUUUGGAAAGGUCUUGCUCGCCCGUUACAAGGCCACCAAGAAGCUCUUCGCCAUCAAAGCCCUGAAGAAGCAGGAGAUAAUUAGCCGGGAUGACCUGGACAGCCUGUAUUGUGAGAAACGUAUUUUCGAAGUCAUCAACUCUUCCGGCCAUCCCUUCCUGGUCAACAUGUUUGCCUGUUUCCAGACUUCCACUCACGUGUGUUUCCUGAUGGAUUACGCCCCCGGCGGGGACCUCAUGAUGCACAUCAGCUUCAACAAUUUCUCUGAAGAUACCACUCGGUUCUACUCGGCCUGCGUUGUCUUAGGACUUCAAUUCUUGCACGAGAAAGCCAUUGUUUAUAGGGACCUGAAAAUGGAUAACCUGCUCCUGGACGCCGAAGGGUUCGUGAAGAUCGGGGAUUUUGGGCUUUGCAAGGAAGGGGUCGGUUUCGGAGACCGGACCAGCACCUUCUGCGGCACCCCGGAAUUCCUGGCUCCAGAAAUUUUGACGGAUCCGUCCUACACCCGGGCGGUGGACUGGUGGGGGCUGGGCGUGCUCAUCUUUGAGAUGCUGGUGGGAGAGUCUCCGUUCCCCGGUGACAAUGAAGAGGAGAUGUUUGACAGCAUCAUCAGCGAAGAAGUUUGUUUCCCACGAUUCCUCUCCGAGACCAGCACUUCGCUUAUGCACAAGCUUCUCCAAAAGUGUCCUGAGCGACGUCUCGGAGCGGGAGCCAGAGACGCCAGAGAGAUUCAAAGUCACCCUUUUUUCAAGGAGAUGGAUUGGGAUGCCCUUUUUUCCCGGAAUCUCAAACCACCCUUGGUGCCCAUCCUAAAAAGUGCCACCGACGUCGGCAGCUUUGACAAGGAGUUCACGUCUCAAAAGCCUGUCCUCACGCCUCCCCGGGACGCCCUCCCUCUCUCUGUCGAGGAACAAGCCCGGUUUAAGGAUUUUGACUUCCUAUCUCAACACUUCCUGAAUGUCUGAAUGUGGGCCUGAUCCCUGCCCUGUUGCUCAAGAUCCUCUCCCCUCAGGUGCUGCUCAAGAGAAGCUUUAACAGAUCACGGUUUGGGGGAACCAACAUUUCCAAGCACUAUUUUUUUUUUUUUUUACUUUUUUUUCUUGGCAAAAUUUUUAAUCCUCUGAAUCUGGCCCCAGGGAGCAUCAAGGUCAACUUCCAUCAGCUUCCCCUUAAUUCUGAAUUGUUGAGGAAGGGGCAUCAAGACAGGAUGGGGCAUCCCAAAACCAAGAUGAGGAUCCCCGUGGUGCAUUUGGGAACCUUGUUUCCUCUUCAUCCCCAGAAGCUUCGGAGAAAACCCUAGUAGCUUUAAUAUCAUUUUCUAACUUGAGACCAAACACUCCGGGUUGUUUUUUGUUUGCAUUUUAUGAUGAAAUCUUUCAACUCCGACCAGAUGAAGGAACCUGGCUCUCCAAAAAUGUAGCUUUGCUUUAGAAAUGCAGGGUGUAGUUUGCACUAUGUAGGUCUUUCUCAAGCUUGGCAUCUUUAAAAUGGGUAGACUUCCCCAGCCAGCUUUGGGAACUCUGGGAGUUGAAGUCCACAGGUCUUGAAGUGGCCAAGUUUAGAGAGCCCUGACUUAAGAGGAUGAAGAAUUUGAUCCACUCUGAUCUCCUGAUCCGCCUGCAGCCUCCAGCCCUGCAGAGGGGAAAUCUGCUCCCAGCUGUUGGUUCCCACAGCUGGAAAGUCUGUACAUCUGGCCAAGCUCUGUCUCUAUCCGUAUCGGACCUCUGGUUAGGCAGGAGGCAGAAUUAUCGACAGGCAGUUUGCACGCUCUGGCUGGCACUGAUCGGCAUGGAAUUUGAACUCUCUCCUCCCCCGGACGACUGUGUGAGAUGCCCAGCGUUGGCUGCAAACAAAACGGGCCUCUGUUCUUGCCGUGGCUUUGGAAACAAAGCAAGUUCCUUGUUCCCGAACUCAGCCCAGGGCACAAUGCCUCUCUUUCGACAGGCCUCAGCUGCCUUAGUUUCCCCCUGUUUCGCCUCCCGAGAUGUCACUUUUAGAGGCCACAGAACAAAUGUAUGCGAAUUGUAUUUUUUCUCUUCCUUUCCGCAUCAGGCAUGGGGUGCAGAUUGUUUGGACAGAGGGGGCAGAAGAGAGAAGGCAGGAAGCUCAACGCCAAACACGUCUCGCCUUUUGGUUCUCCACUGUGACUGAAUUAAUUUAAAAUUAAACUCAUUUCAA